AUGUCCACGGCGAUAUCAGAGGACAAACGACAGUGUCCUGAUCUGGGACCUCAAUCUUCAAGUUCCAUUCAGUCGGAUCACGCCUCAUCUGCUGCAACGACAACUGAGAAUGGACAUUAUUUGAAUGUGCCCGCAUCUAUUGACAACAAAUCUAAGGACUUAGCAGUUACUACUCAACGACCCUUGACGAUGUAUGCGCCAAAGUACGGUGAGAGUUUUGUAAAGUUGCCAGAUCGGGAUCAAAGACCGGACAUUCGGAUAGCGAAAGACAAUGUGCCUGAUUAUCGACCAAAGGAAAACCUACAAUCCAGCAGCUAUUCGCAUGGUUAUGAAAUUGGUCCGAAAACGCAAUUGAAUGCUCAACAGAAGCUCAAGAUACCGAGCAACGGCGAUAAAAGUGGAGUUGACAGUGGUAAUCUUUUGUUUUUUUGACAACAAAAUAAUUUUAUUUUCUUAACAUUUAAAUACGUAUUUCAGACUUUCCGAAUACUAAUGGAAAGUCAUCAAAAAAUGGGAACACGAAUAUGCCGCCACCGCGGAUCAAACCUUCUCCAAAGGUGAGUUCAUUUUUUAUAAUUGUUACCUAAAUUUAGUCAAAAGCGAAACCCGCCGUGAUACAAGCUGAGCGUCCAACACCAAAGACCCCGACAACUCCUUCCAAGAGGCCUCCUCCAAAUACAGCAACAUACCAAAAGACCAGAUUUCCUUCUCCGUCUGGGGCAUCUUCAUCCCACAAUAAUUACGGACAUAACGUGCAAUACGGACCCCCAUCUGGUUAUGUGGUCAGGUCUGCUCCGUCGAACAAUCAGAUGUACACAGUUCAACAACGAGGUUCUCCAAUGGUAAGGGGGCAGGCGCCAGGACCAGGAAAACCUCCCCAGGUUAUAAUCCAACCACAAGGUGGAGUAUCGACCUCUCAGCAGCAACACUUUAUUAUCCAAACACCUCAAGAUCAAUACGGACACCGAUCCGGCGCGACAGUUCAACGGUCGUAUCCUGCUCAGAAUACAGGACCACCGGUUUCUGUGGCUGGUCAGCAACAUCAACAACAAGUUGUGAUCCAGUUCCAUCAUCAACCCCCAAAUGACAGCCAAUUAGGACAGCGACUGCUUAUUCACCAACAUCAAUUAGUGGAACGAAGGGUGGUUACUUCAGCAUCAUAUCCUCCUCCCUCCUCUUCUCAGGCUCAUUCAGUACAGCAAGGGUCUUCUCAAGUUGUAGAUGGAGGGCCGGAAAGACCAGAAAUAGGGACGGGGAGCAGAACGGUGAAACAACAAACACCGGCAAAAAUCGUACAGCCGGUUAAGCCCGAUGAUAUUUACAGCGAAAUGUCAUCCCAUCCGGAUCUAAUGGCCUUGCCAGAUUCCUUUAACACGGUUUUGGAUCAGAUUCAUUCUUCUGGGGCCGCCCCUAAAGAUCUUUAUAAGAAGAUCAAGAGGCAGUUCAAAUUUUUGGUUUAUGUAAGCUUGUAAUUGUGUUUUCCGGAAUAUGAGACUUAUAGUUCAAUUUUGUUUACGGCUUGUAUUUACAGGAGAAUGAAUGCUAUCAAGAAGAACUAAGAUCAUCUCAGAGGAAAUUGUUGAAGCUCUCUCGGGAUAAAAACUUUCUGUUGGAUCGUCUUUUGGCACAUGAAGUGGUGGAUUCAGAUGAUCAGAUUAAUCCUGGAGAAGAAUCUGAUGCGGAUUCUGAGGCUACAAUAGAUUUGAAACCCAAAGCAAAAAAGUAAGCUGACUCAUUAUUAAUUAGUUUGGCCUUUUAGGAAAAAAGUAGCAAAGAAACGACCAACGCAGCCAAACGAAGCUGGACCAGCGGUCAAGAAGGCCAAAGAAAAUGGAGAUUAUAUGAGUGACGGUUUGUAAAUGAGUCAUAAUGCAAGUAAUUUGAUUCUAGACGGCGAUUCGAAGCCCCCAAGUCGUGCCCAAAACUCACGGAUGUCUCCAAAUAGCAUGCGGACUGAUUUCUCUUCGAUGAAGGUAAGCGAGCGGAAGACAGCAGUAUACGUUUUUCUAGUCUGAACAAGGAAACGACGAUCAGCAGUUCCCUUCCGGUACCUCAACUCCUUUGAGUCAAACUCCUGUUAAAAGUAGCGCUAACAUUCAACCAGUCGAUUCUCAACAUUAA